AGGGAGGGUGUGUGGGGCAGUGUGGCCGCGGCCGCCCCGCGCCUGCGGAGCCGGCGGCGCGCAGCGACCCGCGCACACACCGCAGCCCCUCCGGCAGCACCGCCGAGCGGCCGCCCCGCCGCCAUCCAUCCCCCCUCUCGCAGGUUUCCUAUAUUGACAUUAUUGGAGAGAUCCCUCUACUGAAAAAAGGAAUGGUUAUUGGGUUGCCUUGGAGAUGAUCCUGCUGCUGUAAAUGUAGGGCUGAAGAUUAAUGGUGUGGGCAGUAUGGAGCUAAUGAACGGACAGUCCAGUGGUGUUAACAUUGCAGCUACUGCUUCAGAGAAGAGUAGCAGCUCCGAGUCCUUGAGUGACAAGGGUUCAGCUGAACUGAAGAAGAGCUUUGAUGCAGUGGUAUUUGAUGUUCUAAAGGUCACACCAGAGGAAUAUGCGGGUCAAAUAACACUAAUGGAUGUGCCUGUAUUUAAAGCAAUUCAGCCAGAGGAGCUGGCAAGCUGUGGCUGGAAUAAAAAAGAGAAAUACAGUUCUGCACCCAAUGCUGUUGCUUUCACCAGAAGAUUCAAUCAUGUAAGCUUCUGGGUUGUUAGAGAGAUUCUACAUGCACAGACUUUAAAAAUACGAGCUGAGGUUUUGAGCCACUACAUCAAAACUGCAAAGAAGCUGUAUGAGCUGAACAACCUCCAUGCCCUCAUGGCAGUGGUGUCAGGCCUGCAGAGUGCUCCCAUCUUCAGGCUGACCAAGACGUGGGCGUUACUGAGUCGGAAAGAUAAAGCCACCUUUGACAAGCUGGAAUAUGUUAUGAGUAAAGAAGAUAAUUACAAAAGGCUCAGAGACUAUAUCAGCAGCUUGAAGAUGACUCCCUGUAUUCCCUACUUAGGUAUUUAUCUGUCAGACUUGACAUAUAUUGACUCUGCCUACCCCUCAACAGCAAGCAUUCUGGAAAGUGAGCAAAGAACAAAUUUAAUGAACAACAUUCUUCGAAUUAUCUCAGAUUUGCAGCAGUCGUGUGAAUAUGAUAUUCCUAUGUUGCCUCAUGUCCAAAAAUAUCUAAACUCAGUUCAGUACAUAGAAGAACUACAGAAGUUUGUAGAAGAUGACAAUUACAAACUUUCAUUAAAGAUAGAACCAGGGACCAGCACCCCCCACUCUGCUGCUUCCAGAGAAGAUUUAGUAGGCUCUGAAGUUGGAGCAUCUCCACAAAGUGGAAGGAAAAAUGUUGCAGCUGAAGCAGCCUUGCUACCACCAACACCCCCUUCACCUCGGAACCUGAUACCCCAUGGACAUAGGAAAUGUCACAGUCUGGGAUACAAUUUCAUACACAAAAUGAACACGGCGGAAUUUAAAAGCGCGACAUUCCCCAACGCGGGACCGCGGCACCUGCUGGACGACAGCGUCAUGGAGCCCCACGUCCCCUCCCGAGGGCAGGCUGAGAGCUCCACCCUGUCCAGUGGAAUUUCCAUAGGUAGCAGUGAUGGUUCUGAACUCAGUGAAGAGACUUCCUGGCCAGCAUUUGAAAGGAACAGGUUGUACCAUUCCCUCGGUCCGGGGACAAGAGUGUCACGAAAUGGCCAUCGAGGCCACAUGAAGGCCAGCAGCUCCCUAGAAUCGGAAGAUUUGGCUGUUCAUUUGUAUCCAGGAGCAGUUACUAUUCAAGGUGUUCUCAGGAGGAAGACUUUGUUGAAAGAAGGCAAAAAACCUACAGUAGCAUCUUGGACAAAAUACUGGGUAGCACUGUGUGGAACCCAUCUCUUCUACUACGCUGCAAAAUCCCUGAAGGCGACAGAGAGAAAACAUUUCAAAUCCACGCCCAGUAAGAGUGUCUCAGUGGUGGGCUGGAUGGUGAUGAUGGCAGAUGACCCUGAGCAUCCAGAUCUCUUCUUAUUGACUGAUUCUGAGAAGGGAAAUUCAUAUAAAUUUCAAGCUGGAAACAGAAUGAAUGCAAUGCUCUGGUUUAAACACCUGAGUGCUGCCUGCCAAAGCAACAGACAACAGGUUCCUGCCAACUUGAUGACCUUUGAAUAACAGGCAAAUUCAAAACAAUAAAAAAGGACAAUUUGAGCCAUCUCAUAAUUGAGAACAAGGUCCUAAUGAAAAAUGUGCCAGCUGUAUUCUGUGCCACAACAGAAUCUGUCAACUCAAUCUCUGAACUCUGGAGCCCUGAACAAAACCACUAAAGGUUGGGGAGUGGAGUCCCCCAAAUUAAAAAUGGAGUUGCAACAUGAAUUGCCAUGGACCAUGCUUCAUUAUGUUCUGAGAACUGACCUGUGGAAACCACUGCCUUAAAGAGUGAAAGGAAAAACAACAUGAAACACCAAAUAGUGUGUGUGAAACUUCUGGCGGUGCUGUGCUUGAGUUAAAUAGAUUGUAGCUAGUUUUGAGUUUCUUUUAACUUUAUACUAAUUUUGAAGAUAACUCACCUUUUUAGGCAUUCUUAAGAAAACAGGUAAACUGGUAUUUAAGAGUUGUAUCAAAAGCUGUGUAUGAAGCAGGUAAGAGGUACUACAUGUUCUGGAGAUGUUGUUUAGGCCAUCCCAGGAGUCCUGGAGGGAAGCUUGUCCCAGGCACACGGCCUGGAGCAGUGUUAUUUCUCUCAGACCUGUGAGAAAUGUAACACAAGUGCAAGUUCAGAGCAGCACUGAGCUUGCAAACCUUGGUCCUGUACGGGAGCCAGACUCCGAGAGUGGCACAGAGGCUGAGCCAAAAAUCACUUUGGUACGUUUAGCUCUAAUUCCUGGUUAAAACCAGGAGUUUUGGGCAGUCAGGGGGGGUGUGUGUAUGAGACAAAACUGAAAGCACUGUUGGGUCAGAACUGAGUGUUUUCAUCCCAUAUGUUUCUAUGCCUGUGACUCUCCUGCACAGAAAGGCUGAAUGACACAACACCAACACCUGGGUACAGCUCACUGAGAUGUUUGACUUUGGGUAUCUGCUAAUUAUCAGUUAGGGACCACUGAUUAGUGUGUGGUGUUUCAUAAUAUCACUUCAGAUGGACAUUUUAAAAAGAUAGAGGCACAAUUUCAAGCUUUCAUGUUCUCAUUUGGCAAUAAUUGAUUUUAGUAUCUGUCUCAGUCAAAGUAGUUGACGUUGUGUGGUGUUGAUAACAUGGCCUAAAGAAGACCUUACAUACAGAAGCUCUUUUGAUCUUCGGGCAAUUAACUAAUUUAUUAGAAGGUAGGAUAACCUAAGGAGAGAAAAUGUGUGGGGCCAUCAAAAUUCCAUCCUUGACAGGAAUCAUUCUUGGUCACUGAAAUUACUCACAGAGAAAAACAUAAUGGUUGUAAAAAGGGAGCUGUGCUUUUUGUGUGUGUUUGAUGCUUAAGACUUUGAUUCUUGCUUUAUUGGGGUUUCCUUGACGUCACCUAGUUUCCUGAAUGAUUGGUCUUUCUUUAAUCUUCAAAAAUAUGAUCUUUGUAAAGCAAGGAAACAUUGUCCAAAAUAUGACUCUGAUAUUGGAACUUUGAAGUCUGUGAAAAAGUAGUAACUGUUCCAUUGACAUUGUGGUUUAGUGACCGUAAAUAUGCUUGCAGAUUCCACCAUGAAUUCUCCUUUUUAAACAGAAACAAGCUACCUACCAGUCUGUUUCAGAGUUCUCUCACUAUCUAAUAAAGGUUUCUACUAGUAGUUGUUAUUUUGAAAAUGUAUAGUUUGUUUAUCGCAUCUGAGUAGAAGCCUAUAAAUUCACAUUUGAGGGUUUUUUUUUCCAGAGUCAAAUUAAUCGUGUAAUGAAAAUGAUUAAUUUUUUAUUUCUGGUUGGCAAAAAGAAGGAUAAUCCAGUCUCACAGUAAACAAAACAAAACACAAAAACCCCAAGCACUUGGUGAUGUGAAGGGUAAUAGGGUGGUUUGUAUUUCCAAGAAUUCUUCUGAAUUGGCUCUUGGUAGAAAGAAAAACAGUAGAAAGAUGCUUCUGUUGGAAUUACACCACAAGGACUUUGAAAAUUUGGCUCCCCUUGCAGAUCUUUUGUUGUUGUUUUUUAUAUGGGGACUGAAUAGUCUGUUCUGAAGUCAUGAAUUUUGGGAAGGGGUUUCUCGUGCUGAAUCCCUCUGCAAUUCACACAUCUGCCAGGUUUACCCACUUUGGGUGUAUAGUAAAGACAACAUCCUGACAGCCAGCAGUGUUACUUUAGUAGACUUUGCACAACUUGAGUUUGGUUUUUUUUCUGUUCUAAACUUACCUAAUGUGUGUUUCUUCUCAAUGACUAAGUGUUUGGGUUUUUUUAACAAUUUGUGUUCUUUUUUUUUAAGCAUUGUGGAUAAUAGCCUGUGGAUUUUGAAUUUUUAAAUAAGCUAUUCUAGGUUCAUUGCAGCAUAACUGUGUCUGUUCUUUUGUUAGUGAAAGGAAACAUGCAACUGGGAGCCUCAGCCUGACAGCCCUCAGCUUUGCUAAGGACAGAGCCAGGUCAGGACAUGUCAUUUAUUACUGGAUUUUUGCAUUUUUUCAGCUGUUUUGAGUUAAGUUUUUAUGGUAGGAGGAUGGUGGAGAAAAGAAUUCACAAAUCAUCCUUUAAUGAAUUGCUGUUACCAGCUUUCAUUGUCCUUGCACCUCCUACUCUUCCUUGUUUUCUGCCCCCAGAUCUGCUGGAUUUUUAUGGGAGAGAUUGAAUGUUGUGGGAGGAGUUUCUUUAAAUGUGUAGCCAGAAUAACUGGAGUGAGUAAUGACAACACAGGAAGUAUUUUUGGCACUUGUCACACUGAGUAGUUCAGUACUUUCCCUUUGUUUAUGGCCACGUAGUCCUGCAGGGCAACACACAAACACUGACAUUUCUAGAGCUUGGCAUAAAUUAUGCUCAGAAAGAGCUGCUGGGUUUGUUCCCCCAGGGAAAGCUGCCUCAGCUAAGCUGUGGAAAGACUCAGACAAGUUAAAUGACACACUGUAAAGAAUGUACUAAUGCUCUUUUUUUUUUAAAAAAAAAGGGAGUUAAAAAAGUUCAAUAACUGAGAGUAUGGCUGAGGAAACAAGGAGAGCUGCAAGCUCAUGGUAUUCAGGUAAGGCUGCCAUCCACACUGCUUCAGACAGUUGGCAGUUUCUCUUUGAUUUUCUUUUUUAAUGUCUUGCUCUAAUUGUUUAUCUUGUUAAUAAGUGCUGAAUCACUUCAGCUAAUAUUUGUCACUUUAUCCCUUAAUGUUUUGAUUUUGAAAUUAAAGAUGCCCCUUGCAAUUCCUUGUUUUGGCUGCAUUUGAGCAAAAAAUUUUUAGAGUAGCUCUUCUAGCAAGACUUCAAAUAUGAAUAUUAAUUAUCUGCUGACUGAUAAUCAGCCUUUUAGCUAAACUAAAAGUUUUGGGAAAGAUUAAGCAACAGGGAAUAUCUGGGUUAUGAAAUUGGUGCAUUGCAUUAAAAAUAUAUAACACUGCACUGCUUAGUGUUAGCUUUUAUCUAAUUAAUCUCUGCUACUUUUGGCUAGGAUUUUCAAACCUAAUUUCUAUUCCAGUACCCUCUAAAGCAAAUAAUUUUUAUAACUUUUAUUGUUAAAACAUUCUGGUAAUUUGAAUAAACAUAGCUCAGCUCAGACACUUUUUCAUUUUUAGAUGUCUGUUUUAUGCCAGAGGAGUAUUACUCAAGCUGUUAUGAUUCAUUAAGUAUUUAGGUGCACAUUAUAGGCAUUAAAACUACAAAUACUAAAUGAGUCACCUAAAUACUUAAUGAAUGAGCUUUAGCACCCUGCUUUAAAAUCAUGUUUAGAGAAGCAUGCAUAUUGGAAACAAAAGGAAGCAUAAAAAAACACAGCAGGGUUUUAUUAGUUAUCUAUUCCUCACUAGGAAUAAAUUCAUCAAAUUUAAUGCUUCUUGCACCAUCAGCCUCCUGUAUUUGCAUUUCUGUAUUUUCAACACCAGUCCUCUUCUAUUGGUAUCAGACAUAAUUUGGUGACAGCAAAUCUCUCUCUCCCAGCAGAAGCAGUUGCAGGUUUUUGUGCUGCUGGGGCACAUGAGAAGCAAAGGUCUCUUUUGACAAAAGGCAAGUUGAUCUUAUGGUUUUGAUUAACUGUAACAAAUCUUGUCCAAAUGAAGGUUAAAAACAUGGGAUGCUUUUUCUUCUGGCUCUGUCAGUGGCCUUUUUCUUCAUUACUUGUCCUUUACAGUUGUUUGGUAUCCUAACUCACCAAAACUUGUAAUUCCAGCCUUAUUCAUGGCCAGCUCUUAGUGCUGCCUGCUGCAGCAUCAAAACCCCAAGACUGGUACUAAAGGACAUCAGUGACUUCUCUGUUCAUCCUACAAGGAGACAGCUGUGAAAGUUUUGUUAUUAUUCUUUAAUAUUAGCCUUUUCCUUUCAUUUUUCUCUAAAAGCAGCUUGUUCAUAAGGUAACUUGGGAAAGUUGCCAUCAAAAGGAUCUGUACGAGUGGACAUGGAAUUCUUUGCUAGGGGUUAUCCCUUCUUUUAAAAACCACCACUCUGAUUUGUAAUUUAUGAAGAGGGUGAGUGCUUGGAUUGGAGCAGGACUUCUGUCAGUGCCUUAUUAUGAACCUGAAGACCAAUUCCUUUAUUUCAGUGGUGAGUCCCACCAUGGCAGACUUGCAGGCUGUGUGCUCCAUGUUCAAGGGGUGACAUUCCUGACAGCCACUGCAUUUCUGCAGCAGUCACUUGUUUUGGUCAGUGUAAAAUAGCUGUGGCUUGAGUUGCUUUAGUAUUAUUCCUGUAUUUGAAUUUGAGAAAAUUCCUCUUUUUAGGAAAAAAUACAGAGCUUGGUAGUUUGGGCUUUUUCAGUUUUUGUCAGAAGUAGCUCAGACCUCUUAAAAAUUAACUUAUUUUUAUUUUAGUAUGUCUCUUGAGUAGAUUUAGUGAGGGGGAGAAAUGAAGAGCAUAGUCCAAGUCAUGGUCUAGACCACAUGAGCUCAGGAGCUCACAUUAUUAGAAAGGAGCUUGCUUUUGUCUGUCCCACUUUGUUGUAAACACUGAGGAGCAUUCUUAGGUGACAAUUUCUCUUGCAAGCUUUUUGUUAUAAAUAAACACCACAGGAAAAAACUGUUUGGAGAAAGAGGAGGCUUGGCUAAAUCUUAGUAUUAAUAUCCCAAAAGCUCAGUUUUGUAUGUUGUAUUUCUAGUGCCAACACUGUGUAGGGAGCACUGUCCUUCACUGAAACAACUGCUAGAGACUGUUUUAGCAGCAAAGGCUUCAGAAGCUUUGGAAGGGGAAAUGAAAAAAAGAAUGUGUUGUUCUUAAGCAAGUAAAUAUUUGUUUUCCUGGAAUACAUAGUUAUAAAAACACAGCAGUUUUAGUAUAGUCUUUUUUAUAAAUUCAGAUGUUGGAAGGCUAAUUUGAAAAUUAAUCUUACUCUUUCUAAGAAUACUCAAAGAGAACAGAAAGGUCUGAAGAGAAAAUACAAAUUACUUGGUGUAGCUCUGGCUGUUGCAGAGCUGAGCUGACAAGUUUUCUCCAAGUUACUGAGUUGCUAAGGAAAAGAAGGUGUAUAAAAUGUAAUGAAAUGCAAGUUCCUGCAGAUCAUGGCACAGUUCUGGCUGGAGGCCUGGUCUUGCUCUUGAGUGACUAAAAGCACCAUAAAUACUCUGUUUCCUUUGUGUGUUUGAUUUUUAUUAUUUCUCUUGAUUUGGGUGGGUUCUGGCCUUCAUGUGUGUUUGCUGAAGUAAUUUCUUACCAUUCCAAAGCUGUUCACAGCUGAAACUGCAAAGCAGACAAGCAGUAUAAAUCAAUUCAAUGUUGAAAUAAAGGAUUCUGGGGUGCCUGGUUUACUGGCACUUCUGGCUCCUUGUGUGCAGGAGUGUAUCCAUUCAAAAACUACUGAACUGGAGUGGGAAAAGCACCAGGAAACAUAGAUGUGUUUUAUAAUAAUCCUCUGAGGACCAACCAUCACUGGAAGGGGGAUCAAGGUGUCAUGCAGUAAACACAAGCCAUUUUUAAUGUUCCCUGCUGGUGUGAGGCAUCCCAGGGAUGGAGGGAUUGCACUAUGAUCUCUCUGAGUGAUGUGCAGUUUGGCUGUCCUCGAGCCUCUUCCUUCACCUUUUUUAAUACUUUGUUCUCUGUGUGUGUGUGUGUGAAAACUGUGUGUUUGCAUAAGCUAGUUUAAUUGAAUUUAAGAACAGGUUUCAAAAAUCUUUCCUACUGAAAUAAAUUAUUUAAAACAUG